AGAGAGAGAGAGUAGAGAUCAGGCAUAUGUUUUCUUCCAAGCAUGUUUGCUACUGUGAGAAAGGAAGAGAGAGAGAGACCUUACAUCUGAAAAUGAAAAAUUAAUUAGGGUUUAAACGGUUCAAACAGAUAGCUAUUGAUCCUUGUUCUGAUUCCUAAAUUUAGGGUUAGGGUAAUUGGCUGCUUCACGGGUUUCAUUUCUUCUGCUUCUUGUUCAGUUUGGCUAUGAAAAAUUUCCUCUGUUUAGUGUCAUAGAGUGCAGAUUAAUUUCUUAUUUUAUGUGAUUAUGCUUUGAAUCUUUCCAUUGAGAGAGGUAUAUUGGAGAAAGAUUCAUCGUUUUAUACGUGUAGAGCAAUUUAUUUGGUGUAUGAGAGAGAGGGUUUCGUUUUUGAUGGAUGAGAUCUGGGAGCGGGCAGUGGAGACAGCUUUAGACGGCCAAACGGACCACGCUGCGGCUCGAACCCUAACCCUAGACGGUGCGGUGAAGUGCGUGCAGGGUCGGCUUCCUCCACCGACCCUUUUGGAGAAGUUCGAGAACCUCCAGCAACUCUCCAUCGCCAAUAUUGGAGUCUCGUCACUUGAGCAGUUCCCUCGGCUUAGGAACCUUCAGAAGCUUAUACUCUCUGAUAAUCGAAUAGCUGGCGGGCUUGAGUUCCUCGUUGAGGCUGGCCUGGACUCGCUUCGGGACCUUGAUUUGUCCAACAAUCGCAUCCAAUAUAUCGAGGAUCUUGCCCCACUGGCUCAGUUAAAGCUCAUUUCUCUUGAUCUUUAUGAGUGUCCGGUCACCAGAGUGAAGGAUUAUCGAUCUAGGGUUUUUGGAUUGAUCAAAUCGUUGAAGUAUUUGGAUAAAAUGGAUGCAGAGGAGAAUGAGAGACCUGAAUCUGAUGAGGAGGAGGAUGAAGAAGAGGAUGACGAGGACGACCCUGGGAGUGGCGAGAUUGAUGGAGAGGAAAGGCCUUAUAGAUUGAAUAAUGGGCAUAGUGAAGGGGUUGAAGGGAUUGUUGAUGUCGAUGAGGAUGAAGAAAGUGAUGCAGAUGAGGAGGAGACGGAGACUGCAAGGCGGAUUAAUGGGCCAAACCAGAAUGGGUUUAGAGUAGCAGCUGUGGAGGGAAGAGAUGGCGGAGAAGAUGAUGAUGAGGUCGAUGAGGAGGAGGAAAAUGAAUCUGGGGAGGAAAUUGAUUAUGAGGAAGGCGAUGAUGAUGAUGUGGUGGAGGUGCACGGGGUUGAGGAUAGUGGUGAUGAGGAGGAUGGGAUUGAAGAUGAGGACGACGAUGAUGAUGAAGAUGAUGAUGAUGAGGAGGAGGAGGAGGAGGAAGAGGAGGUGGACAAUGAUGAGGUGGAUUUUGCAAAGCCAGAGAGCACAGGAAGGGUAGCAAGCACAGAAGGGGAGAUUGAUGGCCAUGAGCAAGGAGAGGAUGAUGGAGAAGAGGAUGAUAAUGGGGAGACUGGAGAAGAAGAACAGGGUGUGGAUGAUGGUGGAGAGUUUGAAGAAGAAGAGGAUGAAGAAGAUUCUGGUGCAGGAUAUUUGGUUCAGCCAGUGGGGCAGGCUGUAGUGCAUGAUGCUGGAGGUAGUAGUGACAUGGAGCUAGCAAAUGAAGAAGAUGAUCAUGAAGGGGAGGAAGAAGUUGAAGAUGAUGAAGUCCAGGCGGUGUCAUCAUCAUCUCACCUUAAGAGGAAGAAAGAUGAGGAUUUGGAUUUGGACGAGGAUGAUGGUGAGGAUGAUGAGGAAGACGACGAUGUUGUGGAGUAUAGCAGGUCAUCGAAAAAGCAGCGUUAGUUGUUAUCAAUCUGACGAGUCAAAAAAAAAAAAUGUUUUGUUAAAUGCCUUGAAGCUUGGAAAGUCAUCGAAAAAGCAGAGCAGCGUUGGCUGUUAUCAAUCUGACGAGUCAAAAAAAAAUGUUUUGUUAAAUGCCUUGAAGCUUGGAAAUAGAGAAACUUAUUAGAUAGAUUGUUUGGGUAGAAUGGUAGUAGUGAUUUUGGGCAACGUUCGAUGGUGAAAUGAUGAGGCAAAAGGAAUUGUAUGUGUUGGGUGGAAUCAUAUGUUAAUUCAAAAGGUUGUUAGUA